CAUCCGUGUCACUCUCUCCAAGUUCCGUCGCUAUUAUUUCUUCAAGCAAAAGCUACAAGCACUGACGUGGCACCACCUGUGUGUCACCUACGGCCAGGGGGUCACCAUAACAUAUCUGGAUGGCGUGGAGCAGGAUUCUCACCAUGCCGAUCUUGGGGGUCCAAUCACAGGAACACAAGUUAAGAUUGGUGCCUGGGAUGCUGGCAAUAGCUACAGUGGCCAAAUCUCUCAGGCUAAUAUAUGGGGCCACGUGCUGACAACCCAGGAGGUGGCUGCCCUAGCUGACUGCACCAAGGAAGCCGAAGGGGACAUAGUAUCCUGGCGAGGUCCCUGGACAUCCGUAGGAGACAUCGUACUUUCACAUGGAUCCUUAGACGACCUCUGUACGGAAGCUUCAGGCAUGGACUAUUUUGUCCUCAGUGACUUCACUGCCUCUGCGGCCUACCAGGUGUGUGAAGGUAUUGGUGGCUCUGUGCCAACCCCAGAGUCUGCUGCAGAAUACCACACUAUCAUGGAGGCUGUUAUUGGUUACCAGAUAGCAGACGACCUAUCAUGUGACACCUUCUGGGUGGGAAUAUCUGAUAAAGAAAAAGAAGGAGUCUGGACGGACAUUAAGAGUAAGUCACUAUUUCACCCGUCUUGGGCUGUGACUGAACCUGACGGUGACAAGCUAGAAAACUGCGCCGUGGCUGUAGGUCCCCAACAGUUUGCUGAUACCCGGUGUGACGAACUCAACUGUGCAGUGUGUGCUGUGCCUCGACGACCAGUCUGGAGGAUUUUUGGCGCCUGUGAGAUAUACCAACGAAAUAUUCAUUUAGUUGCCCUACAGGACCAGUCUGGCAAGGUCUUUUUUCGAGGUUACUCGGAUUAUCAGAUAACACAGAACGAAGUCAAGACUGAGUGGGUUUGGAAAAACUGGCGCAGCAACCAGACAAUUGCCACUUUGUCCAAAGCUAUAAAUGGCGUUCCAGUUGGCCGUCAGAACUGGACCCUCAAGAAGCCGAUGUGUGGACAAGCUGAAGGUGAGACCCGUCGUCUGCUGCUGACACACUGUACUACAGGCUACUUCUCCUGCGACGACGCCUCUUGCAUCCCUCUCCAUCAACGUUGUGAUCUCAAGUUUGACUGUCGUGACAGAAGUGACGAGAGUGGAUGUCACAUGGUGAAGUUUCCCCCAGUAUAUCGGCAAGACCUGCCCCCAGAAAUCAACAACAACAACAACUCACAACCUCUCCCUAUUACCCUGUACUUGACCAUAGAGAGCGCCGCCGUGCACACCUCCUCCAUGCACAUGCACGUCAACCUCAAUGUGAGCAUGACGUGGCAAGAAGCAAGACUCAGUUUUCUCAACCUUAAUGAAGACUACACACUAAACAGAGUGCCAUAUGAGACAAUGCAGAAGGUGUGGGUGCCAGUGAUCGACUUUACCAACACCAAGGGAAACCACUUCACCCACACCGACCAACAGACUACCAUGGUCGUCAGCAUGCAGGGCAAACCCAGCCUGGGAGACGACACCCAACCUGAGGAGUUGGAGGUGUACUCAGGCCUGGAGAACCCCAUCAGUGUGAGGAGGAAGUACAGCGUCACCUUCCAGUGUCAGUUUGAUCUCAAGAUGUACCCCUUUGAUGAGCAGUACUGCCACUUGGAGCUGACGAUGCUCUCCGCGUCCUCCCGCCUCCUGGUGUUCAACGAAGCUGCCUCUACAGCCAUCUUCCAGGGCAACCCACUACUUGUCGAGUACUUUGUUGGGAAUGUUGACAUUGUCUUUCAAAACGACAAGGAUUUUGCUGUCAUGCUUAUUAAGUUAAAGCUGCUGCGACGGUCAGGCUUCAUCAUCAUGAACGUGUACAUUCCGUCAUUGUGUCUGCUGGUUAUCAGUUACCUCACUCUCUACUUCACGCCAACCAACUUCCAGGUCCGCAUUCUGGCCUCCCUCACCUCCCUCCUCGUCGUGGCUACUCUCUACACACAGGCCUCUUCCUCGCUGCCCAAGACUUCCUACUUCAAGAUGGUAGAUGUUUGGCUGCUGUCAAGCAUUUUUUUCAUCUUCAUUAUCAUCAUCAUUCACACUAUUAUUGAUCGAACAAGAGAAUGGGAUGCCAGAGUAGGAUGCAAGAGGAUGAAUACAUCUCCCACACUGUCUGGCAACAUGCCCAUGUCCAACUAUACCUCCAUGACCAGCAUGAGAGUUAAUAGUCCUGAUAAUGGGGCGACGGAGCUAGACGAGACAAGAAGAAACUCCGUGGGGACGUCCAGAAGAAACUCUGCUGGAGUCAGCCAGUAUGACGCACAGUCAGUCACCUUCGACCUCGCAAGGUUGCGGCCUCUCCACGAGAUCGUCAUCCUGGCAUCUCGAGUCUUCGUCUUGGUGUUGCUCGUUGUCUUCCAUAUAAUUUACUGGACUGUUGUGUUGGCUUAGUUAGAGCAAUGUUCAGGAAGCUCUUACCUGUUCAAUCACUUCCCCAAUGUCUUCCUUGUGUGAUGAACAGAAACUGCUGGUUCAGUAAUAUUGUAGCUAAGUAAAGUUGGGGGCAGUGUGCAUACGGAUUUUACAAGAUACUAAAUUUCAGGCCUUCGACACCCAAGGAGGCAUUGUAGCCGGCACUGCACUGUACCACCUUCACUUAUGUAACUGUAAAGUUAAGAACUCAUUCAUUGUUCGGUCGAGUGAGGGUGCUUCGAGCGUAGACAGAAACGAGUUUCAUAUCCACUCGGUCACCGCACACCAUAAUAGUGUACCUUUGGUACAGAAGAAGACAUUUUGGCCGGCACUGCACUAGAUCGGGUUCACUUCCCCAACUACAAAGCUGGGUAACUAUUAACAGUUGGGUGGACUUUGGGUGCUCUAUUCACUUCACCUUAUAAGAGUGUAGCAUAUUACUCUGCACCAGAGAUUCACUCACAUACAAGACCAAGACUCUCGUUCCAGUACUGACGAGGCAUAAUUCUUGAUUUACUAUUGACAGUUUUAAUAUCGUUCCAUUGCCAGUAACACUUGCAUCUUGUAAGCAAUAACUCACCAGGUGAUGUAGAACUGACUCACGUAGCGUCCCUCUCUGUGAUCUAAGGAACAACUUCACACCAUAAGCAUUUAUUUUAGUCAUGCCCGUAGGUUUUGUCUUCAUAUAGCAUAAAAAAAUAACCAUGAAAUAAACAACAAAUCAAACAGAUAGAUUACGUAUCCCACAUUAUUCCAGCAGCUGAUGACGUCACACGAGGCAUUAUUGGUGUAGUAGUUGCCAAGUUGAACGUCUAUCAACCUUUAUUCAUUUAUCUUUUAUUAACUCCUGAGUGAGUUAAUAAGCGAUGCUAAAUUUCACGCUUUAUGGUAAUAAUAUAUAUUAAUUCCCUCCAGCAACCCCCCACCACUACCUUAUCCCU